AUGCCUAUAUCUCGUGCAGGCGAGGCGAGGCGGAUCGUUAUUCCCAGUUGGUACCGUCAGGUAAACGUUGAUAGGAGAGUACCGCUCCGGCGAUUGAGGUGUUUUGAAAUCUGUGACGGUUGUUUCGUUUGGCGCGUGCUGGUACUAGUGGUACUACCCCGGGUCGUGUUGUUGACUAGUUUUGCGCGAAUUGGUGGUACCGAGUUGAAUUUGAAUAGUGGAAACGGAACGGAAUUUCUGGCGGCGUAG